CGCUAUCAUUGAAGCGAAACCAGAAACCUCAAACUCCCAGCCUCGACUUGAACAGCCACACACCUUCUCCUAACAACCUCUCGACAAGCUCAUACACCACCAAACCCGUCCCCACGAUCCUCAUCAUGGGCGGAAACGCAAGUAAAGUCACAGCCCAGGACAAGGCCAUCCUGGACAUGAAGAAUCAGCGCGAUAGGCUUCACCAAUACCAACGGCGCAUAACAGUCCUCACAGAUAAAGAGACCGAUAUCGCAAAGCAGAUGCUGGCCAAGGGCGACAAGAAGCGCGCUCUGUUAGCCCUACGGCGCAAGAAGUAUCAAGAGUCGCUACUAGCCAAGACAGAUGCGCAAUUAGCUCAGCUGGAGAAGUUGACGAACGAUGUCGAGUUUGCGCUUAUACAGAAGGAUGUGGUGUUUGGGCUGCAGCAGGGAACCAAGGUUCUGAAGGAGAUUCAUGCUGAGAUGGGUGGGAUUGAGAAUGUGGAGAAGUUGAUGGGCGAGACGGCGGAGGCUAUUGCAUAUCAACAGGAAGUCAGCGAUAUGCUUGGAGGUCGUAUCUCGAAUCAGGACGAGCAAGAAGUGGAAGACGAACUGGAAGCUCUCGAAGCCGAACUCACAGGUCCAGCCAAGUUACCCUCUGUCCCCGUGGCGAAUCUACCAGAAGUACAGAAGAACCAACCGGUUGAGGCACAAGCCGAUAGAGCGAAGCAACCAGCCAUGCUGGCAGCAUAGACGAGGAGCGAGACAUUUUGGUUUCAAGGCAUUUUGGACAGAGCAUUUACAUUUCGAGACGUUCUACUAUACUUAGACUUGGGUGUAUACAGCGGGUAACACGAGGCGUUGAGGCAUUUCUGCAUUUGAAUCAUGGAAUACAGUAUCUUGAACUUCUAUCUGCUAUGCGUACUUGCUGAUGAGUUUCCUCAUGAUGGACAUGGCGCCUCCUCGGUAGCCACCGCCG